UGAGCGAGCGAUGUUCACGCCAAUUGUCACCACCAUUAAUUGGCAAGUACGGGGCCAUGCCCCAAGUGGGGACACGCCCAAAUCCCCAAUCUUCUCCAAUUCCUCUAAUUUCCAUCUCUUGGAGAAGAGUGGACGGCAGCGUCAGUUCAUCAAUUGGGCACUGGCCACACGCAUUCCACAUCUCUCCAAUCCACUGGAACCAAAUGGAGCUCCUUCCGCCUCCUCAGUGUGUUUUGUCUAGGGUUUUGGGAGUGAAAACCAUGGAUUCUUUGCUUAAAAUCAAUACCAAAUAUGGUUUUAUGCAACCAUUACAUGGGGUUUCUGAAAAAUUGAAUGGUUUGAGGAGUACAAAGUUUCAUAAGAUUCAAAGGAAAAAAGGGGGUUGUGUCAAUGUGAGAAGCAGUGCUCUUUUGGAGCUUGUUCCUGAGGCCAAGAAGGAGACUCUUGAGGUUGAGCUUCCCAUGUACGAUCCGUCGAGAGGCCUCGUCGUCGAUCUUGCAGUUGUGGGAGGUGGCCCUGCAGGGCUUGCUGUUGCACAGCAGGUUUCAGAGGCAGGGCUUUCAGUUUGUUCAAUUGAUCCAUCUCCCAAGUUGAUUUGGCCUAACAAUUAUGGAGUUUGGGUGGAUGAGUUUGAGGCAAUGGAUUUGCUCGACUGCCUCGACACGACAUGGUCUGGUGCUGUCGUGUUCAUGAAUGAACAAUCGACGAAAGAUCUUGGUCGACCUUAUGGGAGGGUUAAUAGAAAGCAGCUUAAGUCAAAAAUUUUGCAAAAGUGCAUUGCCAAUGGUGUUAAGUUUCAUGAAGCUAAAGUUGUUAAAGUUAUACAUGAGGAGUUUAAAUCUUUGCUAAUUUGUAAUGAUGGUGUGACCAUUCAAGCUGCCAUUGUUCUUGAUGCUACUGGCUUCUCUCGAUGCCUCGUUCGAUACGAUGAGCCUUACAAUCCAGGCUACCAAGUAGCAUAUGGGAUUUUAGCCGAGGUCGAGGAACAUCCGUUUGACGUUGACAAGAUGGUGUUUAUGGACUGGAGGGAUUCACAUUUGGAUAACAAUAUGGUUUUGAAGGAGAGAAAUAGCAAAAUUCCCACGUUUCUCUAUGCAAUGCCCUUUUCGUCGAAUCGAAUAUUUCUCGAAGAAACUUCUUUGGUAGCUCGACCGGGACUACAGAUGAGUGAUAUCCAGGAAAGAAUGGAUGCAAGAUUGAAGCACUUAGGCAUAAAAGUGAAGAGCAUUGAAGAAGAUGAGCACUGUGUCAUUCCAAUGGGUGGACAACUGCCCGUUCUUCCUCAAAGAGUCGUUGGAAUCGGAGGAACGGCGGGGAUGGUGCACCCUUCGACGGGAUAUAUGGUAGCAAGAACUCUAGCAGCAGCACCUAUUGUUGCCAGUGCAAUAGUUCGGUGUCUUCGUUCGGAUGGACGUUUCAGGGGAGACGAGAUAUCGUCUGAAGUUUGGAGAGAUUUAUGGCCUAUCGAACGGAGGAGACAGAGGGAGUUUUUCUGUUUCGGGAUGGAUAUCUUGUUGAAGCUUGAUCUAAAGGGAACAAGAAGGUUUUUUGAUGCAUUUUUCGAUCUUGAACCUCGUUAUUGGCACGGUUUCUUGUCGUCUCGACUGUUUCUUCCCGAGCUGAUACUCUUUGGACUUUCCUUAUUCUCUCACGCAUCGAAUGCUUCUCGAGUUGAAAUCAUGGCAAAAGGAACUCCGUCUUUGGUAAACAUGAUUGGAAAUCUCGUAAAGGAUAGAGACUAAGAUGAAUGUAGAGUUCUUUGUUGUAAGCUAAUCAUACUGAUGAACUUGUUCAUAAGUUUAUGAAUUUGCUAUAACUUAUUAGCCACCAUCUCCUUAGCAUGUUGUUCUUAGUUCACACCUUAUAUAGUUUAUCAUAGAACAGAAGUUCUUCAAAACUUACCUAUCAGUGUAU